AUGACUAUUCCUUACGGUUUGUCGCAAAGAGGUCUUCAAGCUGCAGUGGUGUGCUGGUUAAUUAGCGCAGUUAUUGGUUUCAUCUCGGGAUGCUGUUCUCUACAGUUAUUUUCCUUCCUGGCCAUUAUCGCCUUCCCAGCAGUUGGUAUCUACUCUUUCAUGAAUGUUGAUCCCAGUACCAAAGCUGUUUUGGUAACAGGAUGUGAUUCCGGAUUCGGAAAUGCCCUGGCUUUGCAUCUUCAUGAUUUAGGUUUCGUUGUAUUCGCUGGUUGCCUUAUGAAAGAUCAGGCUGGAGACGGUGUGAAGCAGCUUGAUGAAGUAGGAAAGAGCACUGGCCGCUUGAUUACCGUACAGUUAAACGUUACUUCUGAAGAUCAAGUUGCAGCUGCCGUUGAAACUGUUAGGACUAAGCUACCGUCUUCCAUUAAAGGUCUAUGGGCUGUUGUUAACAAUGCUGGUUUUUCCACAUUCGGUGAAAUGGAAUGGGUGCCGCUUUCAGUUUACGAAACGGUUGCUUCCAUUAACCUCUUUGGUUUAAUCCGAGUCACAAAAGGAUUUCUUCCAUUGAUCCGUGAAGCUCAGGGUCGUGUAGUGAAUGUUGCUUCAAUGCUUGGACGGAUGGGAGCUUAUGGUCGUUCUCCUUAUUGUGCAACCAAAUUUGGCGUUGAAGCCAUCUCUGAUUGUCUUCGUAUGGAAAUGAAAAAAUUUAACGUUGAUGUGGCAGUCAUUGAACCAGGAAAUUUUAUCGCUGGCACUUCUUUGUACAAUGCUGAUGUUGUCAAAGCCCAAUCGAAAAAAAUGUGGGACGGUAUGAGUGACGAAAUACGUAAUGCUUACGGCCAGGAAUACUUUGAUAAGAAAACAGAAGUUAUGCUAUCCUACACCACAGCGGGAGUAUCUGACGUUUCGCCCGUUGUUGAUGCCAUGACAGACGCUGUGAUUCGUGUGUAUCCCCGCUGUCGCUAUCAACCAAUGGCAGCGUACGAAUAUUUCAAGAUAUUCGUUGCAACUCACCUUCCGGAAUUUGUGUUCGAUGCUUUGUUUCUCUAGAUUUUCGUUAAAAUAUUCAUCUGUACUAGUGGCUGAUAAAAAAAAAAAUCGAAUGAAAACAAAAGAUCAAUAACGAAUUUGCAGACAGUGCACAGUGGGCUGGCGAAAAUUCAAGUUAAGAUGUUACGAAGAUGUCGCCAUCCUUAAAGCUGUGAAAAGAAACUAAGUAGUGCAUGGAACGUGUGAUACAUACCGUUUAACAGCAGGCAGACAGCAGACUUCUGCUUGAAAAACGUUUUGAUGUUAAGUAUUUUAAAAAGUAAAUCACCAAUGCCACAAUAUCAGAAUCUACUAAUUUUCAAAAAAUAGAUAUGGAAAUAUAGCCUCCCACAAGAAAAAUCGAAUAUUUGUAUUGGCAAUCCAUGUUGUUUGGUUUUCCAUUUAUUUCGGAAAUUUUAUAGAAAUCCUGUGCUGCUAUCUUGUGACAAUCGACCUUCCAGCAAAUAAAGUCACCAUUCACUUUGAAA